CACAGGGAUACGGGAGUGGGGGAGGGAGCGGAGAGGCCUCCCCGGAGGAGGAUGGUCCCCUCGGUGGGGCUGCAGCUGCUGAGCCCACCCUGUACUCCGUCGUUCAGUGACUUCGGGAGUCAUCUGUCUGAACCAUUUCCAAAUGUUAUCUGGACAUUCUAGACUUUAAAAAUGCUUUAGUUCCUUUUGUCUAAGAGCUGUAUGUCUCUGUGAAGGAUACUUUCACCAGGGAUUGUUUCUGCUCCUCAGUCCCUCUUGUAUGGCUUUGGGGAAAAAAUCAAAGAUGAAAAAAGCAUCCUGAAAGGUCCCAGGAAAAGUCAAGGCAGAACCCACCAUGACAGCUAUUUGAUGAAUGCAUGCAUAAAAAUAAAGAUUCUUUUGUCUCAAACUAUGCCAGAGAUGACAGAGAAAGCUCCUCUUAAGAAGCAGCACCGGAAGAAAAACCGAGAGACUCAUAAUGCAGUGGAGAGGCAUCGAAAGAAGAAAAUCAAUGCUGGUAUAAACCGAAUUGGUGAGCUAAUUCCAUGUUCCCCUGCACUGAAACAGAGUAAGAACAUGAUUCUGGAUCAAGCAUACAAAUAUAUAACAGAAAUGAAAAAGCAAAAUGAUGAACUCCUGUUGAAUGGAGGAAACAAUGAGCAAGCUGAAGAAAUAAAAAAACUCCGGAAGCAAUUGGAUGAACUCCAGAAAGAAAAUGGGCGCUACAUAGCAUUGUUGAAAGCUAAUGACAUUUGCCUUUAUGAUGAUCCUACCAUCCAUUGGAAAGGAAAUCUUAAAAAUUCAAACGUUUCUAUUGUAAUUCCAAAUGAUCAGAUACAAAAGAAGAAAGAAAAUCUGAAAAAUACAAAUAUUUCUGUUGUAAUCCCCAAUGAUCAACUGCAAAAGAAUAUUGUUGUAUAUUCCAAUGGCAGUCAGUUUGGUGGAAGUAACCAGGGGGCAUCUGUCCAAGGAAUAACUUUUAAUAUAGGACAUAAUUUACAGAAACAGACAGCUAAUGUUGUUCCUGUCCAGAGGACUUGCAACACUCCUGCAACCAUUUCUAGUAUUUAUUCAACAGCAAUCAAAUCAGGUAUUCAAACUUCAGUUUCAUCAUUAGUAUCAGGCCUACCAAAUACAGACAAAAAAACUCUUGAGCAAUCUACCUCUGAGAACAAGCAAGGCACGUCUAUCUGUACUAGUGCUGCCAGUUCUGUGAAUACCUCGCAGCUAGUAAGACUGCAGAGUGGAAAACAGAUUUCAUCACAAGAUGAGAAUGACAUCUCCAAAUCUAAAAAUAAACAAGGGAGUUUAAAGCUGAUUGAGAAAACAAGCGUACUAAGCCCCAGCCUUUCUUCCAGUGUUAGUAUAGAUGUGCUUCAUUGUCAACAAGCAAAUAUACCAACAGAAGUGGGUUCAAGAAGUGGGUCUCUAGGAAGCUGUGUAACUUCUGCAGCUGACCCAGCUUGUGUUGCAUCUAUUGGUGGAAAGGCAUCUACAGAAAAGGUCUUCAAAAGCCUAGAUGGUAGAACUCCAGAAGGAGAAGCCCCAAAGGCUGUAACAGAACUGAAUAUAGUGCCUGCUACUACUGUAGAGAAAUGGCCUUUUCCCAGUUCUUCAGGUGUUGGCAUUCCAGAGUCAAAAAGCAUUGGUAAUCUUAUGAGAAUCACUUCAGCUGGAAAUACCCAAACCACCUGGACUACACUGCAGCUAGCUGGAAGCACUGUUCAGCCUCUAAAUCAUACUCCAUCCAACACAAUGACAGCCCUUUUAAAUGAGCCAAUUAAUGGUGCUAGUAUUAUAGCUUCCACUCCAAACAAGAUUCUGGCCAAUGCUGCUGGUUUAAAUAACCCUCUAAUUCCAGAUGAACACCCAGUUGACCAAUUGGUUGUUACCUUGCCUUCCCAUCCAUCUUUACCUAUUCAGCCACUAAUUAGUAAGACACAAACUAGAGCACAAGUGGCAAGCAGCCUCCUUCCUGUGAAUCCAGCCAUGCAAGUGAUUCAAGUAUCUCAGCCAAUGACCUCCCCUAUCAAUACAUCACCUAUUAAUCAGAACAUUGUAAUUCUCCAGCCACCUAAUGCUAAUUCCUGUACUCCAGUGCUGAGAGCUGAACUCCCAAAUCAGACUGUUAGCCAACAGAUUGUAAUAAUACAAACUGCUAAUCCAAAUCCCCUCUCUUUUUUCCCAACACCAUCAGUUGUUAAAAUGCCUGUGAAUGGAACAAAUGCUGGCAAUCUUAUACAAAGUGCCUCUGGCCCUCAUAUGUUUGGUGGGAAACAUCUUGUUCAUAUUUUACCAAGGCCCUCCUCUUCAACAUCUUCUUGCCUGACACAAACAUUUUCUGUUUCAAUGUCUAACCAAAAGCUUCCACAGACUAUUUCUUUAAAUGGACAGUUGUUUGCAUUAAAGCCUAUGAAAUCCUGUUCUGGAGAUUCAGAUCAAGCCCCUAUGCAAAUUAUUCAGCCUACCACCAGUGAAGAUCCAAAUACCAACAUUGCCCUCAAUGCAUUUGGUGCUUUAGCUAACCUCAAUCAAAGCAUAUCGCAGAUGGCUGGCCAAAGCUGUCAACAAGUGUCUGGCAAUCCGUCUACCAACCCCAAAAUUGUUAGUAGCCAAACCACACCAAUAUCUCCUGGUUUGCUAUCAGUGACAACACCUUCCUCUUCAGCUGCUGAGAGUUCUAGAUUAACCUGCACUUCAUCUUCACUAGACAUUUCUUCCCCCAAAGCUGCUGGUUUGGGUUCAAAAUGGUCUAAUAAAAAUUCAGGUACAAAGAAAACUUCAGUAGCCAGCAACAACCUUGCAUGUCAAGUGGAUCCUGACAAAGACUGCAAAAAAAUUGAUAGAAAUAUGACAACUGCAUCUGAACAUUCAGGAAGUGACAUAUUGCUUGAAAAUAUGCCUGUUGUUUUGCAGUGCUUAGCUGUACCACAGGCAAACUGUACAAUAUCACCAGAUGAUAUACAUGCUUCUGAUCCUCAUCCCAAAGAUAGACUGAGAGCAGAACAGAACAUGGAAUCUACUCUGACACCUGAUCUGAAUGCAGCUGGAGUGCCUAGAUCAUUGUCCCUUGAAUCAUCCUUAUUGGGUCAAUUUGAGGUAGUUCCUGCGAUGUCCACAGACCAUGCUUCUCCACCUCUUCAGAUAUGUAAAUCUCAAACCAACUCAACAGCAAGUUCUAAGUUAUCAGAACUAUCCAAAUGUAUAUCCACCAGUCCUUUACUACCCUCUUCUUCAGACUCUCCAGUGACAAUUUCUCAAAUUUCUCAGACAAAUAGAGAAACGAAUACAGAGAAUGUUCCCAGAACAGAGGUCUCAGAGAUCUGCAGGAUGGAACAAAAUUGUUCAAUCGUAAUGCAGGCCUCAGAUUUAUUGGAAGAACAGGGCCUAACCAAAAUGUUCUCAGAGUUUAAUAAAGUAGGAGAUGUACAAAAAUCCUUUUCAGUCCAAGUAGAGCACCCCAGUUUUUGUACCCAAAGCACAAAAUCAAAUAUUAGCUCAAAUGAUAAUUUGGGAAGGAAACAAGAAGAACUCUUGCUGAUAAAUGGUGAAGAAGAAAACCUCACACGGUCUAAUUCUUGCACCUCUGACCAGGAAGCUAUCACUGCUAAUAGGCAAGUAGACUCCCCCAUGUCAACUAGUUCAGGUAGCAGUUGUGGCUUUUCUGUUGCAUCCAUGUUGCCAGAUACAUGUAGGGAAAAUGUUUCCAACAGCACUUUGGUGAACACACAUAGCACCUGCACAUUUUCAGAGCAAACAGAUAUUGUAGCACUGGCUGCAAGAGCAAUUUUUGACCAGGAGACUCUUGCAAAAACUACAGGAGCAGUGUCAGGAACCUCUAUUUCCAAGGGUAGUAAAAUACCAUCUCUAGGAAGAGACCAACCAUUCAAAGCCCAUCCAGUUAAAAACACUAAUCAAAUGGAAACAGGGCCAAACAAUUUCAGUACCCAGAAUUCAAUGCAAAUAAACAUUGAGUUGUCUGCAGAGAAAAGUUGUUCUGUUAGUCUGGAAAUGGCUGAUACAGCUUUGCAGAUUCCAACUCCGCAACCCUCAAGCACCUCCAGCUUGAGUGUGAAUAAUCUCAUACAUCCAACAUGCAUCAUACAUCCUCCGGUAAGCUGCUCAGGUGUACCAUCCUCUUCAGAUCAAACAACUGUUUCUGUUUCUGGGACUCCAUCUGUCCCUGCUAAUUCAUAUAUGACUCAGUCUCCAGGACAUUCUCCAAGGUUGAUGGCAGAGUAUCCUUCAGAACAAUUAUCUGCUCUUCAGACUACCACGAUGCAAGGUCCACAGAUAUGUGAACCACAUUUAAAGCAGCAAAGACAAAGCCGCAAAGAAUCAGCCAAGCGUUCUGUUCAAGAUGAUCACAUGCUUUCUGCAUCAAAGAGGCAGAAACAUUGCCAGACAGCACCUCUACAGCUUGAAGACAUGGCUCUGUUGAAUCAAACAGCUGAUGAUAUUGAGGGUCAAAAUCAAAUCCGUGUGAAUCAGGUCCCUCCCAACUCAUCUAAUCUUGCAGUAUCAGUGAGUAGUCAAGGACAUACCAAUGGCCACACCAGGUUAUUUCAAGCCAGCAAUUUUGUGUCACCUACUUCGAGGCAAGCUGAAGUUCAAUGUAAUUCUCAUCCACCUAUCCUUGAUCAAGCAGGACAACAUCUGCAGCCUAUCCAACAUGCUCUCUCUCAGAGUAUGGCUCAUCUUCAGGCUAAUCACCCAUAUAUAAAACCACAGCAACAGCAGGCUGGACAGCUAAGAGAAAGGCAUCAGUUGUAUCAACUUCAGCAUUAUAUUUCUCCUGCAGAAAGUUCUAUACACUCUCAAACCCAUAUUGCCCAUCAGCAAAGAAUAUUGCAUCAAGAGGCACAGCUGCAGAAAAAGAGAAGUCUUAUUCAAGCCACUCAGCCCACCACACUUUCUUUACAGCAGAAGCAUCAUGGAAAUGACCAAUCACGGUCAAAGAGUAGCCAGCCACACCCCCAUCACUCCCAGAUUCAACAAUUGCAGCAGCAUUACCCUUCUUCCCAGCCUGAGAAGAAUUGUGAGAAUUCUGCUUUGAGUAGAACUCAUAGCCAUCCACGGAGCCAUCCAAGCCAGGACAUUCUGCAUCAGCAGUCAUCAGAUGUGGGCAGCAGACAACCAAGUUCUGGAGUUCCUUCUGAACAUGUCUCGGGACAUAGUCAGAUGCAUAGAAUGUUGACCUCUAGGGCUUUGGAGCAGCAGAUAGUGUCUCAACCUAGUAUUGUCUCUAGACCAGAUGUCCCCUGUCUCCCUCAUAGGCAAGAAAGAAAUAGAGUUAGUAGUUACUCUGCAGAGGCACUUAUUGGGAAGUCUUCAUCUAAUUCGGAACACAGGCUAGGAGUACCCAUGCAGAGCUUCAAAGUUUCAGAUCAUCUUGAAAUGAGAAACUAUGCCGAUGUAUCUAGGAAUAAAGAACUAGUAAUUCAUAAUACACAAAGUCGUGUAUCUGUAGAUCAUCCACUUGGAUCAGACAUUCAGAGGCUCUCUGAGUGUCAGACGUUCAAGGUGAAUGCCAUUAAUCAACAGCCUACAGGUAACUUUGAUGUGCAAUCUUCAAGAAGUAAUGAAAUAAGUAACACUCUCAGGGGUAUGCAAACACAGAGUUUUCGACUUGCCCAAAAUGCUGGACCACCAAUAGACAGACAAAAGAGGUUGUCUUAUCAACCAGUUCAAAGCAUUUCAACAGGAAAUCCUCUCCCUCCCCGAAGAGACAAUGAGAAUACAUGCCACCAGGGAUUCAUGCAAAGUUUACUUAUUCCUCAUCUUGGAGAUCAAGCUAAUGGAAACCAAAGACCAAUUUCAGAGCAUCAGAGAAAUCCACAGUGUGCCAGUUCCUCAAAUGUUGAUUAUAAUUGUGCCCCAGCAAGAGAAAGUAUUCAUAUUCGGAGGGAAGGUGAUGAUCAGAACAGAGAAAGUUGUGAUAUGUCUCUUGGUACUAUUAAUAGUAGGAACAAUGCUUUAACUAUUCCUUUCUCAAGUUCUUCUGGAGAUAUUCAGGGCCGUAACUCAAGUCCCAAUAUUUCUAUCCAGAAAUCUAAUUCCAUGAGAAUAACAGAGAGCCAUGGAACAAAAGGUCACAUAAAUGCCUCAGCUUCUAGCAAUGUGCACGGAGCUACACGUCCUCUUCACUAUGCACCAGUCUCUCGUGGGAAUGCUGACCAGGUUCCUCCAUCUAUUCGUCAAACUAAUUCUUCAGCCACUGAUCGAUCAAGACAUCCUUUACAGGAUAACAGUGGCUCUAAAAUUCGCCAGUCUGAAAGGAAUCGUUCUGCAAAUCAGAGACAUGGGAAUGUGUUUGAACCUUCUCUUCCCCAACUCCCUUUAUCCACUGGUGGAGGAAUGAUCCUUGGACGACAGCAGCCUACCCUUGAAAAAAGGGGCAGCAUUGUACGAUUCAUGCCUGAAGGGCCACAUGUCUCUCAUGACAGUACAGCUGCUGAUCAGCACACUCUGUCUCAAAAUUUUGGAUUUCCUUUUAUUCCAGAAAGUGGAAUGAAUCCCCCAGUAAAUGCCAACACUUCAUUUAUUCCACCAGUAACUCAACCCAAUGCUACCCGAACAGCAGCCCUGAUUCCAGUUGAUCCUCAAAAUACAUUGCCGUCUUUCUAUCCACCAUAUUCUCCUGCACAUCCCUCCCUGUCUAAUGACAUUUCAAUUCCUUAUUUUUCUAACCAAAUGUUUUCUAAUCCAAGUACAGAGAAGCCAAAUGGUGGAGGUUUAAACAAUCGAUUUGGUUCUAUUUUGUCCCCUCCCAGACCAGUUGGUUUUGCUCAGCCAAGCUUUCCCCUUUUGACAGAUAUGCCUCCAGUGCAUGUGGCCAAUUCAUCCCACUUGUCCAAUUUUAAUUUGACUUCUUUAUUCCCGGAAAUAGCUACAGCUCUUCCUUCAGAUGGAUCAGCAAUCUCACCACUGCUCUCAAUAGCAAAUACAUCUGGUUCUGACUCUUUGAAACAAUCAUCAAAUCGGCCUGCCCAUAAUAUAAGCCAUAUUCUAGGUCAUGACUGCAGUUCAGCUGUGUGAAAAGAAUGGAAAGGAGUGAAUUUUUUUGAAUGCCCAUUUUUAUAUGUGUAAUGCAUAUAUACUUGUAUAAAUUUGGAUUUAUUUGUAAAGAUUUAUAACAAUCACUCUGGAAUGGUUUCAUUUGCAGGUUAUUUUUGGGCUUACACAUAAACAGAUUGCUAAAGUGCAAACUAGCUGUUAAAAGUUUAACCUGUUUCAGCAGCCUAUGAUAAUGUGACACUCUUCACCCUUCUAUUGUUACCAUCUCUAUGAAAAGAAACUGAAGAAUUGCAUUUAUAAUCCUUGGAAAGUAACAUUUUGCACAAGAUGUAUGGAGGAAAUUUAGAUUGCAUUUAAAAACAUCUCUUUGUUAUAAAUUCUUAAAUUUCAAUUUAAUGCCAUACUUAGUUUCUGAUGUCCUCUAUGAAACCAUAUGGAAAUAAUUGCUUCAUUUUCCAGAUUUCUAGUUAACAGGAAUAGAAAUAUUAAUGUAGUUUCCUCCCACUCAAUAUAAAAUUCAUUCUUUUUGCCACUGAUUUCUCAGGUACUAGGUUGGGGUUUUUAUUUUUGUUGUUGUUGUUUAAAACCUCUUACGAGAUUUCCUCCCUGCCUUUUUUUACAUUUAUUAUUUUAAAUUUCCUCUAUUAAUAAGAAAUUAGUAAUGUUGAUAUAUGAACAGGAGUUAUAGAAAUCUGUAGGCAAACUGAUUACAUACAUAAUUUUGUCAAGUCAGAGGAAUUAUGAUGAGAGGAAAAAAGAAUCACAUGGUAUUUAGUGGAAUGGUGGUCUUGAUAGUAUAAGAUGAAAAUGUCUCUCUCUCUCUCUCUCUCUCUCUCCCUCUCUCUCUCUCUCUCUCUCUUACACACACACACACACACACACACACACAAUUUAGCAUUCCAAAACACUGGGUCAAGCAACAAGGGAAUAUUUUUGUCAGGCUCAAAAACAAUUUUAGAGUAGCCCUUUGAUUUUUUAAAAAUACUAUUGUUUCUAUUUGUCUCUCCACACAGCUGAUGGCAAAAAUAUGAUGGCAUCAGUACAUCAUUGUCUAAGGUAUUAUUCUGAUAAAUUGCUAAUUCUUUGUUUGUUUCUUUUUAUAAGGUCCUGCAAAGCAGCCCAAUUUGCAGCCCAAUUUGAGGCAGAGACUUUGUUUUUGAUAGUAGGAAGAAAGAAAGUCUUCCUACAAUGAGUGGCCAGAGAUGUUUGCUCUUAAAAGUAUUCCCCUGUAUUUCCAGGAUUAGAGUUUAUGCAGAACAUGCUAACAGAUCAAAGAGUUCAUAUAAAUAGGGCCAGAUAGUUUAGUUUUAGUUUCUUUUUCUUCCCUCUUAUGAGUUGGCUAUGCUGCUGUUUACAGAAAACAAAUUCCUGUAAUCAUAGUCCAAGGAUGAAAAAAACAGGUACUCUUCUUAAGCAAUUUACAAGCAUAACAAGUAGCGAGAAUGAAACAGUUGGAAGUGAAUUGGACAAAAAUAUAUUGACCAGCAGAGGAAAUCAGUUUCUUGAAGAAAUUUUCUAUGCAAUAAUGUGUGCUUUUAUGAUUACUGAGUAUUAAAAAAAUUUUCUGAAAAUGUAUUGGAAGAGUCUGAUGCGCAGAUGAAAAAAAAUGCAAGUAAAUGGCAGAGUAUUUAAUUAAUAGGAGAAUCUGUAUUCCCUUUAAUUGAGACCAUUGUUGUGCAAAGAGGAAGCCUUGAUUGAAGAAUAUGAUAUUCUUCAUUUUGGGUUUUUUGUACAGUAGAUUAAAAAAAAAUAUUCAGACUUUCACUAUGUAUUCAUAUAAACCGAUAGCGACUUUCUAAGCAUUUAUCAGUAUUUGUUAGAAUUUUUGGUAGAUGUCAGUAUAGACUAUUACUAGUAUUUUUCAAGUGUAUUUUCAUGCAGAAAUAUAUUUUCAAUAGAUCUCUUGGUAUUACCUGCAGUGAUAAAAUUGCUAUUGAAGAUAAAUUACCUUAGUUUUGAUUAUUAACAUGGAUUGUGUUUAGCAAAAGAGCAUCAGCUCCCUAAUGAGAUUCCAGGCACUCUGCAAAUCCUAUUGUUUUUCUUAUUUCAGGUAAUAGCGCCCUUCAGUUAAAAAAAUGGCAUGAAGAAAUCUUUAGUUUAAAGAAUGCCUUUAACAUUUUGAAAUUAUUAAAAUGUUAAUAUUUUGUUAAUUUAUCUUAAACGAUUUCAGGAUUCUAACUUCAAUACAAAUUUUCCAUUGUAUGCUCAUAAAUUCUGUGUUCUUAUCACAUUGUCUUAUUGACACCGAUGUGAUUUGAAGCUUCUCAUAUGCUAAAAAAGCUCAUAAAGCAUUAGGGACUUCUGAAGUUCAAAAAAUCCAUUAGAUGUCAAUUUUUGGAUGCAUGAGGGAUUGAUCUUUCAUUACUAAGGUGCUUUAGGGCACAAUAAUGGCUGAAUCAGUUGAAAAAAUGGAAGCUAUAGAUCACAUGGGAUGUACGUUUAUAAUACCUUAGGGUUUCUGUUGGGUGUAGGUAGUCACACCUUGUUCUUUUAAUGGGAACAGAUAAAGAAAACUUGCUGUCACACAGCACAAUAGCCUACAGGUUCAUAUCCUACCAUCAUACCUUUCUUUUGCUGCUGUCCUUCAUGGCAGUUUCCUUGUUUCCUUCCUUGUAGAAGACUUAUGUAAACUCCCUCUUGUUUUCAAAUUAAGAAACGUAUGAUGAUUGUGCUACACUUUUCAGCAAAUUAAGAAUGUAUGUUGUUGUGCAUUCUAUAAUAUUCUAUCCACUACUUAAGGUCCCCCAGAAAUUUUCAAGAUCUUGAAGAUAAACUUGUAAGGAAGGUUUAUUAUUGUAAAUAGUUUUUUUUAUUUUAACAUCUUUUUACAAGUUGAAUGCAUUUGUAUGUAAAUACCUGCAACAUUGAUUUUUUAAAAAAAAUUCUCAGAUUUUUAUUAAAUGUAAAAUUAUAUUGAUUGUAAACAUUGUAUAGAUAUAAACAAAAUAGUAUUUU